AUGCAUGUUUUUCAAUCAUCUCUGAAUAUUGAUGCUGAUGCGAUCAUCAAUCAUCUACAGGCAACAUUUCCUUUUUUCAUUAGUAAUACCUUUGCUAUUACCGCUGAAAAAGAAUUGCGAGAUCUUAUUACAUAUUCUGACCUGAAAAAAAAUGGGAAAUCAGGACAAAUACCUACACAAGUUGUUGAUAUUAGAUCAAUGGGACAGCGUAUUGUUGUAAGUGAUUCACAGGAAUCAGUCCAUUUCAUGCGUUACAAAAAACAGGAUGGUCAGUUGUCGAUAUUCUGUGAUGAGACAUCUCCACGUUAUGUAACAUGUGUAUGUCUGUUGGAUUAUGACACAGUUGCAGUUGGAGAUCGUUUUGGAAAUAUUGCGGUGCUGCGACUACCUAAAGGUGUAACCGAAGAGGUUCAAGAAGAUCCAACCGGUGUGCGUGCUCUAUGGGAUCGAGGAAAUCUGAAUGGAGCUUCACAAAAAUUGGAAGCCAUAGCUCACCUUUAUAUUGGUGACGCGAUAACAUCAAUGCAGAAGACAUCCCUAGUACCUGGUGCAAACGACUGCCUAUCUUAUACAACGAUUUCAGGAAUUAUUGGAAUUUUGGUACCAUUUAUGUCUAGAGAUGAAUUUGAAUUUUUUCAAAACCUUGAAAUGCACAUGAGAGUGGAAUAUCCGCCACUUUGUGGUCGUGAUCAUCUUGCGUAUCGUUCAUAUUAUUUUCCUGUUAAGUCAAUUAUCGAUGGUGACCUCUGCGAGCAGUACUCGCUAAUGCCACUGGAUAAGCAGAAAUCAGUUAGUGAAGAACUGGGAAGGAAACCAACUGAGAUCCAUAAGAAGCUGGAAGAUAUCCGAACUCGUUAUGCGUUUUGA